AGUAAGAGUGCGUCCAAAUACCUGAUAGAAAUAUCCUGUUCAUUCACGGGCCUUUCCGAAGCUCCAUCUUUCCUAGUGAAGCUAUAGCGAAGGAGCAGUCCAGCCCGUUCCGCAAUUUGAAUAGCCCGUUUUUCGUCACUAGAAACAAAACCCACGAAUUUUUGGAAUACAUUCAAAAAGGACUUUUCAUUCUGGAGUAAUGUUGAAAAUAAUGCCAGUCCUUUGAAUCCAUAAUGCCAAGCAUGUUCUGAAAACCCCACAGGGACAUUCCAAAAGGCGACACUCUCACAUCGGCCCAAUCAGCAAUUCUGGUGAUACGCCCUCUGUUAGGGUUGACGAUGAUCUUCAUUUCACAUAGGUUAGUGUGAGUUAGAACCAGCGGAUAUGUGGGAUCGAAGAUCAAGGGAAGUUCCUCGCGAAUCUCCUUGAUACUAUCAGUGAAACAUGAAGGAAGCUCUCAUCGGGGCUGUCGUUUACAUCUUCGGCGAGCGAUUCAACACAAACGAUGGAAUACACAAUGUCCACAUGAACCAGGGCAACAUCCGAAGGUACUCGGGUGACGAUGGCGUGUUCCAGGACGGCGCGCUUCUCUUCCAAUUCCGAGGGGCCGUCCCAGGGUUCGAUAAAUGGGUUGGUAUUUUCCUCGCCUUUGCAUCGCAGGCCGUACAUACAAGCGAGAAUGGUGGCCAUGCCCAUAUCACGAGUCGCCUGGAAAGACCUCCUGCCUGGUGACCUUGUCGAAAAUUCAGUUGCUAUCCACAAGGCCGUUGUGGAUUCUUUUGGCCAAGGAGAAGAGAAGAAGCAGUCUGUUACCCUGGCGAACCUCACGAACCGCGAGAUAUCGCUCACAGGCUGGAGGGUCCGCAAUUCGCGCUGGGCAGAACAGGUUCUCCCUAGGGAUGAGGAUUUAGGUGCAAAGGCUACCGUGGUCUUUGAGGUUCCGGAUUGCCACUUAUCUACAGACGGUGACACUAUCACGCUUCUCGAUCGCGAAGGACUCAAGGUCGCUGGCGUCAACUAUACCUCUCAGCAUGUGAAAAAUGGGGAAAUUGAUUUUGCAGGCUAAAGUCAAUAGCUCACUUCCCACUCAUGCUUAUACUGCGAAUCUGUCUGUCCUUUGUCAAAAGUCACGCCAACGCGGAGUUGAUAGUAAUUAUUACUGGGCUUUGCUGCAAUGUUUCACCCCAAGGACUCUGUGUCAUGGGGCAGAAGAGCCUGGCCCCAUCCAGGGUUGUUGAUCUGGAGGAGCCAUUUAACAAAUUAAUUAAAUAAAAGUAGCAGAAAAG